AUGGUUCGUCGAAAGCUCGCAGCGCUGUCGCUAAGCGUCGCUCUCUUCGUCGCGUUCUCUGUCGUUCAACCCACCCCGACGGCCGUCGCGGUGAGCCCGCUGGGUCUCGCCGCCAUUCAGCGCCACUCGCGGCUGGUCGCGCGCUCGCGGUCGCAUCGCGGCUUCAACUACCUCAAGGGAAGCUGGGUGGACACGUCCACCAUACCCGGCUACAGGCCGCCCUACAGCGCCAACUGCUCGCAGUUCAGCUGUGAAGGCGUGGCAGACGGGCGCAAGAACCCCGCUAGUUUCGUGUGGCAGCCCUUCCCGCCCUGCUCCUACCAACUCUGGCGGAUGCAGCCACGUGUGCUGUUGGAGAGGUAUCGCAACAGUGUGAUUGCAUUCGUGGGCGACUCGCUGAACGACAAUCUCGUGGCCUCCUUUCGCUGCACGCUCGCUGCCGUCACGCCCUUCCAGCACGUGCGGUUGCGGGUGGGGGGGAGGCGCUAUCGCAAUGCAGUACUGCUGCCGGCAUACAACCUCACCCUCGUCACCAUCGCCAGCGGCAAGCUCACCCGCCUCGUCAACACGAGUUCAGCAAGGGUGCGGGUGGACGGGCAGUGGGCGGCGUUGCUGCCACUGACAGCAGCCAUGGUGUUCACAGCCGGCCACUGGUUCUUCCACCAGAACUUCAUGUCGCCGGUGCUCAAGCUGCGCAAGUCCCUCAAGGCGGUGCGUGACUAUAUCGAGCGGACCAACUACCCUGGCGUCCCCCUCUUUGUGUCCUUCUCUCCAAUGCACUACCGCAACCAGUGCAAAACAGCAGGCGCCCCUCUAAACAACAUCACAGCGGCUGUCCAGGAGGGUGAUAUCCGUGCCAUGGAGUCUUUAAAAGAGCAGCGAAAGCUUCUUAGAGGCUCCCGGAUGCGGUUGGUGGAGAUCACAUACAUGAGCAUGCUGCGACCCGAUGGGCAUUUGAGCAGAGGGGUGAGCGGCAGGAGGAAGGACUGCAGCCACUGGUGCCUGCCUGGCGUUCCCGAUGCCUGGUCUGAUGCCAUCUACUCCAUGCUUGUGGCUUAG